GCGAUUAACAUAACAGUGCGUGCUCUAUUAUUUAGCCGUCGCGACCUCGGUCGCAGAUUGAACGGUGAAGUCUGAAGAUGGUCGACGCAAUUAUUUCUUGUUUACAUCAGCUAAGCAGUAUCUAAUUGACUUGAGCCUGAGGGUGUAAAGGAGAUCAAAAUGGAAGAAUUAGAAAGUAUAGACGGUUCAUCAAUGGAGUCUAAAAUAGCAUCCAUAGAGUCAGAUAAAGACAAUUCAAGAACUAAAUCUGAUGAAGAGGUCUUUGCAGAGACACAGCUGACAAGGUCAAUGAGACGGAGGUCAUCCUUCCCUCUCGUUUCUGUGAGUACUGAAUGCGACGAGUCGGUCGAGACAAUGUCCCUUUGUGAUGGAAGUCUUCUGCGAACAAGCCCUGUCAUGGCAAGCUCUACAGGAGCCUUACCUUCAGCAGGGAGUCACUUCCCGUUGCAUAACCGCUUCCUUCAGAUUCCAAGGAACCACGCAGGGCUAGGUAGCACGUUGAGUUUAGCCAGCCACAAACUGGUAAGACCACCGUGUACUCUCGGAACACCACCGAAAGAAUCCGUGUUGCCUGCAAAUCCAAAGCGGAAGUGGUACCAGCUCCUCCAGCAGUCGUCCGUCCAGCUAGGCCUGGACUUCUGCUUUGCAACGGAAGGUGCGCUGGUGACACCCAUCUUACUUCAGUUGGGCCUACCUGAUCAUCUCUAUGGUCUUGCAUGGUUUCUUGCACCCAUCCUGGGCCUGAUCCUGGCCCCUCUCAUUGGGUCGGCGAGUGACAGGUGUCGCAGUCCGAUGGGCCAGAGAAGACCUUUCAUCCUGAUUCUGGGGAUCUUUGUCAUGAUAGGGACAGCACUGUACUUGAACAGUGCAGACUUGGGUGUCCUGAUCAGCAAAGAUGAUGCAACUACAGCCACGAUGUGGGGUAUAGCCAUCACGGUGCUUGGAGUGGUGGUGACAGACUUAGGUGCUGACAGCUGCACCUCUCCCUUUAAGGCUUAUCUAAUGGACACUUGCAACCUGGAUGACUUGAAGCUUGCUCUCAGCAUGCGGAGUACUCUGGGAGGUAUUGGUGGGGCUCUUGGUUACACCUGUAUCGCCAUCAACUGGGAAAAGACAAUCUUCGGACAGGCCCUUGGGAGUCAGUUACGCGUUGUCUUCCUUCUUAAUGUCAUCGUUUUUCUGAUCCCCCUCAUCCUCACUCUAACAAGCAUACCAGAGAUACCAUUGAGGAGGCCCCCGUCCUUGAGUCCAUCGGACACAAAGUAUGUCCCCUGCAAUAGUGGGGAUGAAAGAACUGCCAGAAAGGUUUCUGCUGAUGCAGACGGGAAGUCCCAAAAUGUGGGAAAGAGGAAGAUGUGUAGCCUUUGGGGUUUCAUCAAGUGGUUCUACAGGAAAAAGCCAACUGGGGACAAGACACAAGAAUCUGUUGAAAGAACUACCUUGUCAGGUGAUGAUGUUGAUGAGGGCAGUCAUUUAUAUUGCAAUGGGGAACAACCCCAUAAACAUAUAAGAUCCUGUGGGAAAUUUAAGAAGCAAAGAAUUUCCAAAGGGAAGGACAGUUUGUCCAGUGGACACAAUGCAAGCAGUGGUGGCAAUAGUGAUAGAAAACUCUUUGUUCCUAAAAAGAAAGUCAAAGCAUCUUCAAAGAAAUCAGAAGCGGGCUCAACAACUAGUAGCAACUGCAUUUUGAAGAUCAACCCCAAUGAUGAUAUGAAGGACCUCUUGAAUGCAACAGCCAAAAUGCCAGCAGGCUCUUUCAGUCAUAACACGACCAUGGACCAGUGCAACAACAGCAGCCAAUCCCUAGCCAUCUGCAUCUCCAACCCGUCUGUUGAGAUCAACUGUGGUGAUGACGAAGAGGUUGGAGAGAGUGAUGAUGAUGAUGAUAAUAAGGGUCAGCCCCCGUCUGUACUGCAGUUGCUUCGUUCAACAAUCUACAUGCCCAAGGAGCUGAGGUUUCUGAGCUUGAUCAACUUCCUGGGAUGGGCCGGCAUCAUCACGCUGCUGUGUUUCUUCACAGACUUUGUGGCCCAAGCUGUGUAUCAUGGUGACCCGGGAGCUGAGCCAGGCACGGAAGCGUAUCUUCUGUAUGAAGAGGGAGUCAAGAUGGGCAGUUGGGGACUUUGUGUCUACUCCUUCUCUUCCUUUGCAAUGGGAUUGGUCAUGACCGUCAUACAACGCCAUUUCAGUCAGAAGUUCAUCUUGGUGGCUGGUCACUUCUUCUUUGCUGUGUCAUGCGGUGCCAUGGCGAUGCUCACCAACCAUCCCUAUGCCAUCCUCUUCUUGUGCUGCGGACUCGGGAUAGACACGGUGGUCGUCAUGACGAUACCCUACAACGUACUGGCUAUCUACCACAAAUGUGAAAAGUACAAACAUCCAGAAGGAGGGCUCCCUCGAGGGCUUGGUACAGACAUGGCUUGUGUCGACAUCCAGGUGUUUAUUUCUCAGAUCACGGUGUCGGCCGCGAUGGGUCCCUUGAUCCAGCUCGCAGGGUCCCACGUCACCAUCGUCGUGUCUGCUGCCAUCAUGUCUUUUCUAGCAUCACUUUGUGCCGCUUUCCUUGUGACGUACGAGAUGAAGGAUAAUUGAGCGCAGCGCGUACCCAAAGUUGGUAAAUCCUCAGCGAACAAAGUAGCAUACAAUGCCAAGUUCAUACAUACAUUGUACAUGUAUGUAAUAUUUCAUUGAUAUGUCUGUAUCAGACACUCAUAUUAAAGGGUAGCUAAAUUGCAAAUGCAUGUUGACUUAUGUUAAUCUGUAAUAAUGUAUACAUCACAUAUCUUUUGAUUUUUUGGUGUUCAUCUAUGUCAAAUAUUUUAUAUCAUUUUUCCUAUUCAUUUUGUCCUACCUGCUAAAGCUCCACCCCUGAACAAAAAUCCUUGCAUGUACCAAAGAAGUAAAAAAUUCCCUCACACUUUUGUAGACAAAAUUGGUACAAAAAACCUUGAUUGAUACGAAGCUAAUUAUUGCUUUAUUUCAAGUAAUGUAAUGUAAUAUAUGACUGUUAUUUUGUAUAGACAGUAGCUACAUGCACUUUGUAUAAAUAUUUUAAUGGCAUUUACAGAAUUAUUUUACGGUGCCAAAGGGUAAUUUUUAAUAUAUAAUGUAAUAUUCAUGUAUAAGCGCUUUAAUAGUGACAAAUGAGAAAAUUAUGUCUACUUUUUGGAGUUUCAAACAUAUUUUGUCUUUUGACAGAUUCGAUAUAUCCCUGUACAAAUACAUCAUUUAGUGGCAUCAGUGGUUUAUAAAAUAGCUUACAAUAUUGUAGUUUAAUUUUUUUUAUUAAUAUUUGGUGUUGAAGCUUUGAUUGCAGUGCUACCUCAUACAAAUCCCAUUGGUUUUGAGAUUGAGAUCAUGUUUGUUAAUUUUGAUAAUGGUUUGUUCACAUAUAAUGCAGGACAUUGUGGUGGAUUUCAUUUUUGUCUCACCUGUGUAGCAAAAAGCGAGACAUAGGCGCCGCUUUUCCGGUGACGCCGGCGGCGGCGACGGCGUCAACAUCAAAAACUUAACCUAAGGUUAAGUUUUUUAAUUUUUGAUAUAAUUUUGAAAGUAUAAGUUCUUAGUGAAUGAAACUUGAACUAUAGAAUUAUUAAGUAUCCCCAAUUAUGUGAGUAAAAUUUCAGGUCACAAAGUCAAGGUCAAAGGUCAUUUCAGGUCAACAGACUUGGACUACAUUGUACAUGUAUGUUGUGGCAUCAUCAUCGAUAACUUA